UUUUUGCAACAAUUAAUUAAUAUUUGAAACGAAUUUCUUAAAAAUAAAAAUAUUGAUUUAAACUACAUGUACAUAUCUAAUAACACGACACAAUAAAAAAACCUAGUUUUUAUUUUAUUUUUAAAUUAAACGAAUUUCAGAAAUUAAUCUAUUGUUCGUAACUAGAUCAAAACAUUCGGAACGUUUUCAAAUAAAAUGUCACCGACUGAGUAAUUGCGUAUAUUUGCUGCGUGCUAUUUAUUAGAAAACAUUAUAAUUGUUAUUGUGAAGGUGUAAAUAGCAUGUCUUUCGGAACAUAUAAAUAAAGUGAAUUUAAAUUGUAGUAUAAUAUUACUUCCUAUUUGUGUCAUAAGGUGAUAUUUAGAUAUGAACGAAAGUAAACACAGCAUAUAUGUAUAUAGAAAAAUUGUGAAAUAAAAACGAAAACGAAAUAUACGAUCAAGCAAUAAAUAAAUAAUCAGACAUGAUAGUUCACUGGUUGAACUACUCAUAGUAACGAGACAAGAUAACGUCAUGGGUCAGCAGACAUCGAGAAAGAGCGGUGAGUGCACCUGUGGCUGUGGUGCUUGGGAGAGACGUAGGUACGCUGAGUCACCGAGCAGUGUACAUCGGUAUGUCAGCGCUGUCACCGAUAGGUGGAGCGGCCGCGAGUGCGCGUGCCGCCGCCGCCGCUGGCGCCGCCCGGCCUGCGUGUGCACCGCCUACCGCCGCGUCAGCGACGCCUGCCACGACGACAGAUUAGCGGCAGUCCUUACCCUGGGUGCAAGGGAUCUCCGACGAGAACUGGACGCUAUUGUCAUCAACACGGACACAGAUGCGAACAGGGAUAUAGGAGAGCCCACCGCUGAGGUUUAUGUAUUAUCAGUGGCGCCGAGAAGCGAUGGUGAGCCCUCUCAAGAAGGAAGGGAACUGACUCAGGCUAACGACCCUUCAAUUAGGCGUUUUCAGGUGGUGUGUGGUUCGGAGCUUCGAGCGCUGCUAUUGAGAGCACCGCCGCUGAUCCACCAACACCCCCCCACACACCCUCAGCUGCCUACAGUUCACACACAGGUGGACUACAAGCACUGCCUCGUGCCAGAUUUACAAGAGAUCACCGCUUGUUCCUUCUACUGGGGCAAGAUGGAUCGGUACGAGGCCGAGCGUCUAUUGGAUAACAAGCCUGAAGGCACCUUCCUCCUCCGGGACUCUGCUCAAGAGGAGCACUUGUUCUCCGUGUCUUUCCGCAAGUACGGCAGGUCGCUGCACGCCCGGAUCGAGCACUAUCAACAUCGGUUCAGCUUUGAUUCCCACGACCCGGCGGUGUUCGCGGCCCCCACGGUGACCGGCCUCAUCGAACACUAUAAGGACCCCGCGUGCGUGAUGUUCUUCGAGCCCAUGCUGACGGCGCCGCUGCCGCGCGCCGCGCCCUUCAGCCUGCAGCAGCUGGCGCGCGCCGCGCUCGUCUCCCGGCUCAGCUACGACGGCGUAGAACAACUUCCUCUGCCAUCUCGACUUCGAGCGUACCUCAAGGAGUACCACUACAGGCAACGCGUACGCGUACGACGCCUGGAACCAGACGUCUAUGAGCCGCAGAUGUAGCAGAUGGAGCAGAUGUGGCAGACGUAGCAGAUGUCGCAGUUGUAAUAAUAAACUCUAUAUCAUGAAGAAACGUAACAAAGAUUGAAAAAUGUAAAGAAAGAUGUACAAAAGCGUUCUUAUCUCUAAGAGAGAUUUAUUCCAGACAACCUUUGGAUAUGGGCCAGGGCGUAGAAAAUGAGAAGCGGUAGAGAAGUGUACAAUGAGUUAAAGAAAUGGCAUGGAUCUUGUGUUGCUACCCGUCUCCAGAGCAGGUUCUUUGUUCCUGGUGUAGCACACGUAUCACUGCCGUAGCUCUUGAGACCUUGAGCUGCACCAGACCUCCAGAGCUAGACGUAGCAGUAGUGUACUCGUAGUGCUUGCGACCACUUGAUGCUACUGUCCAGGCUUCUUGCAGAUUAGGCACACAUAGCGCUGCCUUAGCGUUUGAGAUCGUGUGUUGCUACACGUCUCCAGAGCAAGUUUCUUUGUGGUAAAGUUAAUGAUCCAACCACAGAUGUGACACCGCUUAACCUGUGCGAUAGCUCAGUCGCUUCCCCUGCGACUGUACAGUGUUAUAUGUGUUCAAAGUGAAAUUAGACAAAAUAGUGUUUAUAGUGUAACAGUCCGACACAAGAACUAAA